AUGGACAAAGGCUGGCAGACUAGCAGCCAUUUUAACAAUGGCUACUAUAAGUGGACACCCACUCGCAACAACACAUCAUACAAAAGCACCCACCUGAAUGACUCAUUGUGUCAUUGCUUCAGGGAGAACUGCCAUUUUUCGUUUUACUACUUCAUGGUGGAUAGCAGUGUCCUCAAAGCAGUACUUUAUACCAAUAAGGAUGAACAAGUAAUGCUGUGGCAAGCCAGUUCUCCAACUAACAACGAGUGGGUAAAAGCAGAAAUACGGAUACCAGCAGGUUGUGAAAAAAACAAGCUGCUCUUGGAAGGAACUAUCAAAAGCAAGGCAAGCAGCAUUUGCUUGGAUCACUUUGAUUUUGUGGAUAGUACAAAAUUGGACUUGCCGAAGAUUUGUUCCUCUGAAGAAUUUGCCUGUGCCAAUGGCCAAUGCAUUGACAUUAGUCUGCUCUGCGAUUAUCAGUGGGACUGUUUAGAUGGAAGUGAUGAAGAUCUAUCUGCCUGUGCAAAUUACACUCUAUGUGACUUUGAGUCUGACCUUUGUGAAUGGAAGACACUAAACACAAAAGAUGUACAGUGGAGCUUAAUGAAAGGACAAGUUUCUGGUGACUCUGAACUUCCUGCAAGAGAUCACACAACUAACAGCAGCAGGGGCAACUUUAUUCAUGUGACUGGCUCACCAGAAGCAAACACCAAGCCGGUAAUUUCUCAGCUCAGCAGUCCGGUCUUUACAAAACUGUCCAAAGAUGCUACACCUUGUCAGAUAAGAUUUUGGUAUCAGUUGUCUCAAGGUUCCCACCUGACAGUCUUCAUUAGAAGUUCCGUUGAUAUGGAUUUGCAAAGCUUACACAACCAACCUUUCAAGAGCACAGCACAGUGGACAAAAGCAUCUGUUCUUAUAAAGAACACUGCUGGGAUAAUUGCGGGACCUUUUCAGAUCAUUCUACAAGCCAUUGUUCCAAAAGCCAAAGCUGUUGUUGCUGUGGAUGAUAUCAGUAUAACAAAAGAAUGUAGGGCUAGCUAUAAUGUAUCUUCAAGUACCUACAAGGAAGGUAAGGCUGCUAAAUGUGACUUUGAAAAGAGCAACUGUGGCUGGCUGGAAAUGGCCGAGGCUGAUGGGUUUGACUGGAUAAGGAGUUCAAGAAGUAGUCUCGCCCCUGCUUUCCAGAAACAAGCUCCACCCCAUGAUCACACGUAUAACCAGUCUGUAGGUCACUUUAUGUUCAUUCUGAGGAACAGCAGCAGUAUCUCACAGAUCGCACAACUGCAAAGUCCAAAAUUCAGCCAGGCUGGAUCAGCUUGCACAAUGACCUUCUGGUAUUACAAUUAUGGGCUAUCAGUUGGAGCAGCAGAAAUGCGAUUGCUUGUUGAUGGAGUAAAAGAUCCCACAGUCCUCUGGAGAAUAUAUUACAAUCAAGGAGAUCAGUGGUCAAAGGCAGUAAUUCAGCUUGGCCGCCUUGCACAGCCCUUUCAAUUAUAUCUAGAUAAAGUCAGCCUUGGAUUUUAUGAAGGUGUUUCAGCUAUUGAUGAUAUAACAUUUGAGAACUGUGCACUGCCGCCUCCAAAAUUAAAAUGUGAAGGUUCCAAUAAUUUCUGGUGCCGAGACUCAAAAGCGUGCAUCGACAGUUUGUUACUGUGUGAUCUUGUUGAUGAUUGUGGAGAUGGAUCUGAUGAGGAUGAAUGUGCCCCUGAGCUGCAGUGCAAUUUUGAGCUUGGGCUUUGCAACUGGGAGCAAGACUUGAAUGAUGACUUCAAUUGGACCAGAAACCAAGGACCGACUUCCACUCCUAACACAGGACCAAUGAAAGAUCAUACGCUGGGCACAGUAAGAGGGCACUAUCUCUACAUGGAGUCUUCAGAGCCACAGGUGUUCCAAAACACAGCAGCUCUGCUAAGUCCAGUCUUUAGUUCUACCUUUACAAAUGGCAACAAAAGCUGCAUUUUUCGUUUUCAUUAUCAUAUGUUUGGAAAGCACAUUUACAGGCUGGCUGUUUCCCAGAGAGUGGUGAGCAAUACAAGAGGACAUCUGCUCUGGCACACGUUUGGUAAUCAAGGCAACAGAUGGAUAAGAAAAGUGCUCUACAUUACUAGCUCAGAGCCAUUCCAGAUCAUAGUGGAGGGCACUGUUGGUGACGGCUUCACUGGUGACAUUGGAAUUGAUGACCUCUCUUUUCUGAAUUGUACACUUUUCAAUGGAAACUUGCCAUUCGAUGUCACAACUCCAUCAGGAACAUCCAUCCCUGUGACAUUUCCUAUGAACAACUGUACAGAAAAUGAAUUCAUUUGUCAAACCACUGGCCAAUGCAUCAAUAUCACUCGGAAGUGUGAUUUCCGACCUGAUUGUCCAGACAAAUCUGAUGAGUCAUCUUGUGCUUCAGAUACUUGUGACUUUGAUGAUGGGAACCUGUGUGAAUGGUAUCAUCCUGAUACCAUCAUGACAACAAUGGCUUCAACCCAUACUGUUCAUGUGUUCCACUGGAGCCUUGGAAAAGGAGCAAGCAUGCACCCAGGCGAAGAGAACUACAGGCCUUUCGUGGAUCAUACAACAGCUACUAAAGAAGGCUGGUACCUCUACGCAGACAGUUCUAAUGGAGCAUUUGGACAUACUGCUGAUAUUGCCACUCCAGUCAUUUCUCUGACGGGACCCAAGUGCAGGCUGGUGUUUUGGAACUAUAUGAAUGGUGCAACAGUGGGUUCCUUGAAGGUGCUCCUCAAACUGGAAAAUGUGACUUCUGAAGUCUGGGCCCAGAGUGGUCCCCAGGGUCGCCAGUGGAACAGAGCUGAAGUGUUUUUAGGUGUCCGAUCUUAUUUUCAGGUUCUUUUCAGGACAAAACGGGGCAUCAGUUAUGUAGGAGAUGUUGCUGUGGAUGAUAUUUUUUUUGAAGAUUGCUCCCCUUUGCUGAUCCCAGACAAAAAUUGCACUUCAGAAGAAUUUACCUGUGCCAACAAAUUCUGCCUCCCAAAGGAUAAUCUUUGUGAUUUUGUAAAUGACUGUGGAGAUAAUUCAGAUGAGAGUCCAAGCAUUUGCAGCGUUUCUGUUGGGCGCUGUGAUUUUGAGUUUGAUCUUUGUAACUGGAAACAAGAUCAGCAUGAUGACUUUGACUGGAAUCUCAGAACUGGAGGCAUUCCAAGAGCAGGCAGUGGACCAAUUGCUGAUCACACUUUGCAAGAACCAUCUGGUCAUUACAUCUUUAUAAAAAACUCCUUCCCUCAGUUGCCAGGGCAAGAAGCCAGAAUUUCUAGCAUGUUAAUAAGCAGAAAGAGCAAAAAUUGCAAGAUCCUGUUUUAUUACCACAUGUACGGAGCAAAUACUGGAUCACUAACUGUCUACCAAGUGACAAUAUCAAAUUCCAGUAAAGUUCUUUUCAGCCUGACUGGAGAUCAGGGAAAUUUCUGGAAAAGAAAAGUGCUAACACUGGAAGCAGAUGAGGAUUUUCAGAUAACUUUUGCAGGAUUUGUUGGGAAAGCUUACAGAAGAUAUAUAGCCCUUGAUGAUAUCGUGUUUACUAGAGAAUGCUUACCAUCCUUGAACCUCUUACCAGAUAAACCUACAGACUUGCCCACAACAGGCUCCUGCUUUCAUGGUUAUUUGGAAUGUCUCAAUGGAAAGUGUUACAGAUCAGAACAAAGCUGUAAUUUUGAGGAUGACUGUGGGGAUAAUACUGAUGAGAGAGAAUGUGGGACCUCUUGCACUUUCGAAAAUGGCAUGUGUGGUUGGCAAAAUUCCCUGGCUGAUAACUUCAAUUGGGUGAAGGAAACCGGCUCACCUCAAAGCCUCAGACCUUCCAAGGACCACACACUGGGAAAUGGGAAAGGACAAUUCCUGUAUCUUGAAGCCAUGUCAACAGGUGUGAGGGGUGAAAAGGCACAUCUGAAGAGCUCCAGGUGGACAGAGUCAAGCACUGUGUGCACACUGAGUUUCUGGUACUACAUUUCUUCAAAGGCAACAGGGCGUAUCCAGGUUCUCAUUAAGAUUGGGAGUAGCCUUUUAAAGGUGUGGAGUGAUUCUGGAGACCAUAGUACACAAUGGAAGAAAGCAGAAUUACACCUGGGGAAGAUGAGAAAUUUUGAAGUAAUAUUUGAAGGCAUUCGAAUGAAAGAUCUUGGAGGAGGAGCAGCAAUAGAUGACAUUGAAUAUAAGAACUGCAGCACAGUUGGAGAGGAUUCUGGGGUGUGUCCUGCCGUUACUGACUUCGUGUGUUGGAACAAGAAAUGCAUUGAGUCUAACUUCGUCUGUGAUUACAAGGCUGACUGUGAAGACUGGUCAGAUGAAGUUGAUUGCAGCCAAUAUACCAGUGUCCCAGGAAGCUGUAACUUUGAAACUCAAGGCCAAGACUGGACCACUGCAUGUAAGUUCACACAGGAUCCUGGAGAUGAAUUCGACUGGCUCAUAGGCAACAGGGCUGUCAUAGAACAAGGAGGCCCAGCCAAGGAUCACACACCAGGUAAUGGGCGUCAUUUCCUAUAUGUCAAUUCAUCUACUAAACAAGAAGGGGACAAAGCAAGAAUAAUUACCACCAGAUAUUUCCCUGCCAGCCGAGAUAUAUGCGGGCUCCGCUUCUGGUUCUGGUCAAGUACUUCCCCCAAAGUUGGAAUGUUAAAGGUAUACACCAUUGAAGAACUUGGAAUGGACAUUUUGAUGUGGGCAUCAACUGGAAAUAAAAGAGAUACAUGGACAUAUGCCAGUGUGGUCCUUUCCAGCAACAGUCCUUUCCAAGUUGCAUUUGAAGCUGAAGUAGGAGCUAAUGCAGUUAUAGAAUUUGCUCUUGACGACAUUUCUUUCACCCCAGAAUGUGCAUCAGGAGGACCAGUGGCCCCACAGCCUCCAACCUGUGGCAGUGACAGGUUCACUUGCGUGUACGUGAAGCAGUGCGUGCCCCUCUCUGCACAAUGCGACGGAGUGGAAGACUGUGCUGAUGGGACAGAUGAAAAGGCCUGUCCGACUGUGACGCCUGCCACAGCACCUUCAAGGCUUUGCAAAGAAACGGAGUUCCCUUGUGCCCAGCUGUGUAUCCCAGCGCUCUUGAGAUGUGACGGGGUCACUGACUGUCAGUUCAGUGAAGAUGAAGCCAACUGUUCUACUAAAGAUUGCUUCGAUGGGUCCUUGUUCUGUCCAUCGACAAAUAGCUGUAUUCCAGUUUCCCGACGCUGUGAUGGUAUUACAGAUUGCAUUGAUUUUGCUCCUGAUGAAUCCAGUUGUUCAGAGUGUCCUGAAGCAUAUUGCAAAAAUGGAGGCAUAUGUGAGAAGGAGCCUGUUCCCAUCUGCCAAUGUGGAGAGGAGUGGAAAGGAAACCGUUGCCACAUGAAAGCCGAGCCUUCUUUGACUCCAUCUACUGGUGCUCUGCAAAAUGGUGGGUCCCAUGAAAUCAAUAUAAUAACUUCAAGUGAUUUUGUGGAAAUGUUUGCUUAUUUAUCUCACUCGCUUGUCUCUGCAGAUACAUGGACAGGGUUGGGCAUUGGAUUAGCUGUCCUGUUGAGUGGAGCUGUGGUUGCCAUUUCAUGCAUCCUUUCAAAGAGGAAAUUGCCAAGAACGAAACCUGAGGAGAUCCUCAAUAUUGCAUUUGACAACCCACUUUAUGAGGCUCAGAGUGUAAAGUCUCCAGAGUACGUUGCCCCCCUGGGUGUUCCGAUCAGUGUUUCUCCAUGGCAGGCACAGCGGGAGGUGAAACUGACUUCUGCAGAUAUAUUUUUGGGCUGUGAAGGUGUAGGGCCAAAGAAACACCUGCCCAAGGUAUCAGGUGCAGCAGGCAGCGGGCAGAGCUGGCUGCAUCACAUCUCCGGUUUUCCACACCCUCCAAGCUAA